AUGACUCUAGGUCAGCCAUGGCGCACAGCUGUAGCAAUAUCCGUGGUGGCUCUUGCUCGUCUUGCGGCUGCAGAUAUCUGCUCGGGGAUCAAGCAAGAGGGCAUAGAGAUCGAAAAGCCGCUCAGUCUCGACUACGACAACGACCUGACGAAAUAUUGGUCUGCUGCAUGUGGAGACCUGAACCCGACAUGUAUUGUUGCUCCUUCGAGCGCCCUGGGGAUGUCGGCGAUUGUGAAGCAACUGCACAAUGUUGACGACCUCUUCGCUGUGAAGUCAGGCGGGCAUAUGCCCAACAAUGGCUUCGCCAGCAUUCAAGAUGGUCUUCUCAUCUCGACCAAGAACCUUGAUCAAGUUAUCUACAAUCCCGAAGACCAGACUGCUAUCGUCGGUCCUGGCCUUUCGUGGGAAGAUGCUCAGAAAGGUCUCGAUGGUACUGGUCGAGCACUCGUUGGUGGACGUCUUGGUGGCGUGGGCGUCGGAGGAUAUAUGCUCGGAGGCAAGUUGCAGCCCCCUGCGAUGGUUGACAUUCGGCUGAUUCAGCUAGGCGGAUUGAGCUUUCUGAGUUCGCAGUAUGGCUGGGCAGCCAACAACGUAGUCAACUUUGAAGUGGUUCUUGCCAAUGGAACCCUGGUCAAUGCCAACGUGAAGGAAAAUACCGAUCUCUUCGCGGCUCUUAAGGGAGGCGGUAACAACUUCGGCAUUGUUACUGCAUACACUCUCCAGACACAUCCUCAAGACCAUAAGGUAUGGGGAGGAAACUAUAUCUUUACAGCCGAUAAGACGCCUCAAGUCUUGAGCGCUCUUCGUGACUUCACCGAGCAUUAUCCCGAUGACAAGGCCGCUAUCAUUGUGACUUGUGAGCAUGGCUUGUUGAUCAACACAUGGAUCAUGUUCCUCUUCUACGACGGGCCUAAGCCACCAGAGGGCGUUUUUACCAAUUCUACAGCAAUCGGACCUACCGAUACUACUAAAACCUGGGACAGCUAUUAUGACUUGCUUAAAAACAAUGAUGUUUUCAUUCUGCAUGGCCAACGGUAUACUAUUGCUACUGAGACUACUCCUCUGCCGAACAAGACCGUCGGCGCAGAGGUGAUGCGAAGAUACUACGACCACUGGUUUAAUGUGACGGACACUCUACUUGAAGUGCCCAACAUGCUCGGGAUCUUCUCGACUUCCCCACAGAUCAAGAUUCAAGACUAUAUUAUCAUUGAGCUAGACUUCUCCUACGCUUUUGCGGCAGACGACGCUAAGAUUGAUGCUGCCAAUCAGAAUCUCUAUGAUGGCUUUGAUAACAUUAUCAGCGAAAAUAUUGACAAGGGACUCUUGCCUGAUGUUUACCGGCCACUUUUCAUGAACGAUGCGUACUUCCGACAGGACUACCGGGGUCGUAUCCGCACCAGGGAGCAGGCAUUGCAAACCAGGAUCAAGUAUGAUCCAGAUGGAUUCUUCCAGAAGAGAACUAGUGGAGGAUUCAGGCUUCAUUGA